CACUGCUUGAAGAGACACACAGCGCAGACACCAUGAACAGGGUGCUCGUUGUGCUUGUCUGUGCCGUUGUUGGUGUCACAGCUGGUACUCUUUACCUGUUCUCGGCGUAUGGGCCUCAAUUGGCCCAUAGACUGCACUACUCUGGAACAGACAUCUCAUUGAUUGGAUUCACAGGAUCGAUGGGAGUCGCCCUUAGUGGCAUCCCUGCCGGCGUGGUUGUCGACAGAUCUAUCCCAUGGGCACAGUUCCUCGGUGGGCUGCUCAUAUCACUGGGCUAUUUCGGUCUGAAGGCACAAUUCGACAGUCAAUUCUCAAGCGUAGGCUUGAGCAGCACCUUGACCUGCCUCAUUGGUGUGGGCUCCACGCUUAUCAACUCUGCAAUGAUCAAAUGCUCUGCUGCUAUGUUCCCUGACAACAGAGGAACGGCCACAAGCUUCCCCGUGGCCACUUAUGGCUUGAGUGCAUUUGCGUAUUCUGUUACUGGGCACUGGUUCUUCGGUGCAGAUACCUCGAGGUUCUUGGGAUACAUCGCAUCCAGUGCACUGGUCAUUUGUAUAUGUGGCCUGCCAGUGAUCUACUACGCUGACAAACAACAAGAGGUGCAACAGCGUGGUGAGGAUACGCUCGAGCUUGAGCCAUACGUCUCAGGUGCCAGUGUGGUGCACGCUUCAAAGUCCAACAUGACCAAAGCUCAAGUGUUGAGGAGCUCGAGGUUUUGGAUUGUGUUUUCCCUACUAGGCAUCCUUGCGGGCCUAGGACAGCUCUACAUAUACUCGUGUGGCCUGAUUGUGAAGUCAUUAUACCACCCAAGCGAUGAGAAUGAGAUCAACCACGCACAGUCGUUCCAAGUGUCGCUACUCUCAAUAUGCAACUGUGCCUCAAGGCUGAUGUGUGGUGCCUGUGGUGAUUUCAUAGCAAACAGGCUCCAACAGCAGCGAAGCUGGAUAGUCUUUGUUCCUGCAUUUGUGCUUCUCUCCGUCCAGGUGGUGUGCUACUUCGUAUCUGACUACAACGUCCUAUGGGUAAGCUCGAUGCUCGACGGAGUUGGUUAUGGGUUUGUGUGGAGCUCCAUCCCACAGCUCCUACUGGAGUACUUUGGCUUGGAGGCCUUCUCCUUCUCGUGGGGGUUUGUGAACCUCAGUCCCAUCCUACCGGGCUUUCUGUUCACCAGACUGUUCGGCUCUUACUACGAUUCCAAUUCUACUUGGGAUGACAUUGCAAAGUCCAAGGUCUGUGUGAAGGGGAACUCCUGUUAUAACACAACGUAUCGCAUCACGUUUGUUUUCUCGUCGAUUGCGCUGGUUCUGGCUGUGUGGAUCAACGUCAGACCGUACGUCCAGAGGAGAUACUCACAAGUUGCACAGCACUCUUAGAGCGUCUCAAUUGGUUAGAAUGGAAGUGAAUAUUCAUUGAACGUAUAUGGUGUGUAUGGGACAUUAUUACGUAAUCUAUUAGUAAUCAUCAGAUAUACAUCCUCUGUGUGUUGUUUUAUUACGUAAUCUAUUAGUAAUCAGUAUACACACCGUGAUUUGCAAUCUUUGUGGAUAUCUUAGCGGUGGUUUCCUGGUGAGCUCCA